GCACUACUGGUCUUGGGGCGCUGUUUGCCUGGACGAGAGGUAGAGGUAUUUCCUGCUGAUGCUCUUGACUGGAAUGAGUUCCUUCCGUCGUUUUGACAUCAGACGCCGGCAUUUUCUUCAACGGUUCAACCUCAUAGCUCAUACCGUACACAUUACAUACACUCACUCGACCUUUUCACUAACAGUUUCUCACCAUGCUCUCCAAAGGCGAUCCAUCAAACCGGCUGGAUUCGAAAGCACCGCUGCAGAACUCAGCACCAACAGUAACGUCGUCACCUUCUUUCCAUGAACACAACCUCGACGGUGCCAGUCCUGAGUGCGAGCAGCCGAGCGAGGGCCCCUUCAUGUCCGGGUGGAGAAAACACGUCUUGACUUUUGGCAUGUGGAUAGCUCUCUUCCUGUCGACACUCGAGACUACCAUCGUGAGCACCUCGCUCGUGUCCAUCACCAACACGCUCAACGGCUUUAACCUACGCGAUUGGGUUGUCACUGCCUACCUCAUCACGUAUACGGGCUUUCUGAUCAUAUAUGCCAAACUCGGCGAUGUCUUCGGGCGAAAGACCGUGUACCUCCUUGGUCUCGGCAUCUUUGUCAUUUUCUCAUGUCUUUGUGGUGCCUCCACCAAUAUCGUCGAACUCAUCAUCUUCAGGGCCUUCCAAGGGAUGGGUGCUUCCGGUAUCUAUUGCAUGACCAUCGUGAUAGCGCCGACUCUGGUUCCCAAGGCCGAGUUUGGCAGGUACAUCGCCAUCGUCUCAACCGUUUUCGCACUUGCAAGCAUUAUCGGACCCCUCUUGGGUGGUGUAGUGAGCGCAAACGGCAGCUGGCGCUGGGUGUUCUUUCUCAAUGGCCCAGCCGGAGGUCUAGCAUUUUUUCUUCUAGCGUGGCUCCUCCCAGGUUCCAAUAAAAACAACAAAAACCCACAGCAACCUCUUCUCGCUUUGCUGCGCAGCAAGGUUACUUCCUCUAACCUGAGCAGGGUCGACUUCGCCGGCGCAGUCCUCCUUCUCGCGUCGUCCAUGCUCAUAGUGUUUUCGCUCGAGAGUGGCGGAACAAGGUAUCCCUGGAGCAGCCCAACCGUCAUAUCGACACUUGUUCUUGCCUUCGUAACAGGCGCCCUCUUCUUUCUCUGGGAACGAUCGAAAUGGGUCAAGGAGCCGGUCUUCUCGCCCCGUUUGCUCAAAGGUCGGUUGAUGCCGGCCAUGCUCGCUUCUUCUUUCUUCAUCGGCUUCCCCUUCACAGCUAUCGUCGUCAACAUCCCCCAAAGUCUGCAAGCCGUUUACGGAUAUUCUCCCCAAAAAGCCGGAAUUGCUCUUCUGCCACUGCUCCUCUUGUCGCCCGUAGCGACCGCCGUGUCUGGGUACCUGACAUCUAGCAGGAACAUUCCGCCGGUCUCUAUCAUUCUCGUGGGGUCGGUUUUCCAGCUCAUUGGCGUAGGCCUGACCUGCUUGCUUCCGACCCUGCCCAUCAAGGGCGCAGACGACGCUCAUGUUCCAGCGAGCCAGUACGGCUUUGAAGCGAUCAUGGGCAUUGGCUUUGGCUCGACUCUGAGUACGAUCUUGACAUUGGCGCCUUUGGUGGUGGAUUCUACGGAUCUUCCCGUAAUGAUGGGUGCUCUCACCCAAGUCCGUGUCCUCGGGGGAACAAUUUCCCUCGCAGUUUGCUCAACCCUACUCAGCAACCACGUCGAAAGCAGGCUCCCGAGCCUUCUGGAUCCUUCACGUGUCACGGAGAUAUCCGAAUCCCUUUCUGCGAUCCAAAACCUCUCAUCAGAAGAGCAGACUGCGGUCAGGAGAAUCUAUGCAGAAGGAUAUAACAAGCAAAACAUAUUGCUGACUGCUUUCUCUGGCAUUGCGUUUAUCUCUUGCUUGUUGCUGUGGGAGAGACCUCCUAGAAGACCAACGUCCACACCUGCGGAAGUAGCUUCCAAGUCCUAAUUAGCCAAGUUUGAAUGGACGAUGAAGGCGGCGAGGCGGCGAGGCGGCGAGAUAACAACAGUCAGAUUCGCGACGGUGACGAGGAUGUUGUUGUAAAGUGCAGCGUGUCAAGCAUAACUCAUUGUUGAACAUUGGGCAUACUCAACUCAUACAAGCAAACGCUAUGUUAUGUUACACAAAUUGUCUUCCAUUUCCCAAUCCAAAAUCCA